AGCACAAGCCAACAACAAAUGGGAUAAUUUAUUUGGGGAAAUUCGAUGUCGUUUUUCCAAGUGGUUUAAGGAAAAGGAGCUGCUAGGAUUUCAGAGAGUCAAAAAGUUUAUAAAAUUGCUAUAAACUAAGUAAAUUGUGACAACUUUUAUUAUUGCAAAUAUUUGCAGUGGGCUAAUAUAUAAAAACGGUACAGUAAAACCUGUCCAUUGAAAGUAUUCAAUAUUAUUUGGCUAUUUUUGAUGGUUGAAAUCAAUUCCUGUGUGUUAGCGUUUUUCAAGUUCCAAGGAAUUUUUCAGGAACAUUAUAAUCGUUAAAAGAUGUCCAGAAAUGUUCGUGCUUGGAGAGAGUGGAACAGAUGACUAGGAGUCAGUACAACUAUGUAUUCUGCCUUGGCCCACACACACCUGUCGGUGACAAAACUGGAUAAAAAGUUAUUCCAGUAAAAUGAUUAAAAAUUUAACUCGUAGAAGAAUGUAUUUUUUAAACAUAUACAUACUUCAAAAACGCUAGAAAAUUACGAAUAUAAACAUACAAAUAUAUGUAGAUUUGUAUAACGUUUUUUUGCAAUAGAAAAAAUGCUGGACAAACAAGUCUAAAAUUGGCUUAAAGCAACCCUGUUAGCCUUCUUUAACAAAUUUUAUCUGUGGAUUUUUAUAUGCUACCAAGCUGUAAGAUUUUAUCGCCUAUUGUAAAGAAAUUAUGAUAUUUAUACUGUAACUAAAUUAAAUUUAUUUCACUUUUCCAUUGUACAGGCGGCAAGAGACGAACUAAUCUUCAGAAGACCGAAAACAAAUGCGAAUUUUAUGCGACAGUAACUGGAAAACUUUGCAAUUGGCAAAUCGCCUAUUAGCUAGCAUUGCUUCAAGACGUCCUAAGUUUGAAAGUUCCUUUUAGACCGGUAACAGUUUUCUAACAACAAGGUGCCGAAAUGUCUAGCACUUCCUCCACAGACGACAGUGGCGAUCUUUUUGACCCACUUGCGGAAGAAUUGCAAAACGUUCAAUCAGUUAUACAUGUUACUCGAGAAAAUAUUGAUGCUCUGAAUGCAAAAUUUGCUAAUCUUCAAGAACCACCUCCGAUGUAUAUCACAGAGUACCAAGAGCUUACUUCAAAAUUACAUGAUCUUUUCGUAAAAGAACACGAACUUAUGGAUCAGCUAAGCUGCCAGCAAGAAGAAUCUAGCCAAGUCGAUCAGCAAAAAAUUCAACUCGAAUAUAGUAAUCAAACACACCAUUACCAGAACCAACAACAACAUGGUCAGAUAGCAUCUACUGAUAUGACGGAUUGUUAUGCUACAAACAGCAACAAUGGCAGCCAAUGUAGUACAUUGACACGUCCGCCAAAGGUAUUGCUGCGUGCACAUUUACCUAACCAGCAACGAACAUCUGUGGAAGUAGUGCCUGGAGUGCGGUUACGCGAUGCGCUUAUGAAGGCGCUUAAAUUGAGACAAUUGACUCCUGAUAUGUGUGAAGUUACAGCAACAGAUUGCGGGCGUAUUAUCAUUCCAUGGGACACUGACAUAAGUUCUUUGAUGGUGGAAGAAAUUUAUGUGCGGUUAUUGGACAAAUUUCCAAUAAUGACACAUAUUUCGCAUCAAUUCAUAAGAAAGACGUUUUUUUCCUUGGCUUUUUGUGAGGGCUGCCGACGCCUGCUCUUCAGUGGUUUCUACUGCAAUCAAUGUAAUUUCCGGUUUCAUCAAAGAUGUGCUGAUAAAGUACCAACACUAUGCCAACAAUUUCCAAUGGAUAACUACUAUCAACGACUAUUAGCUCAAAACCCAGAAAAUUCUGUUGGUAUUUUACAUCCGGGAAGGAAUGCUGUUUUAGGGCAAGUAAGACAUCCUCGUACUAUAAGUCAGCAGGAUAGAUCAAACUCCGCACCUAACGUUUGUAUAAAUAACAUCCGACCGCUGACGGAAGCACAACGUAGUCUAGUGCAAAACCAUGGCCCUCUACAGCAUCCAAGCAGCGAUCAUUCCAAUUCAACACAAGCAUCUCCUACCGGCACUUUGAAAACCAUAAAGCGACAAAGAGCGCGUUCGGCAGAUGAAAGCAAUAAAAAUCUGUUGUCACCUAGGGAUGGAAAAGGAUCCGAAGAAAAUUGGAAUAUUCAAGCUGAGGAGAUAUUAAUUGGGCCAAGAAUCGGCUCUGGGUCCUUUGGAACAGUGUAUAAGGCUCAUUGGCACGGCCCCGUCGCUGUAAAAACGUUAAAUGUAAAAACGCCUAGUCCUGUUCAGUUGCAGGCAUUCAAAAAUGAAGUGGCAAUGCUUAAGAAAACUCGACAUUGUAACAUUCUUUUGUUCAUGGGCUGUGUCUCGAAACCCUCGCUAGCAAUUGUAACACAAUGGUGUGAAGGUUCCAGUUUGUAUAAACAUAUACAUGUUAAUGAAACUAAAUUUAAACUUAACACAUUAAUUGAUAUCGGUCGUCAGGUGGCUCAGGGUAUGGAUUAUCUUCAUGCUAAAAAUAUCAUUCACAGAGAUCUAAAGUCAAACAACAUAUUUUUGCAUGAGGAUUUAUCGGUAAAGAUAGGUGAUUUCGGCUUAGCCACUGCAAAGACACGCUGGUCUGGCGAAAAGCAGGCUAAUCAACCAACUGGGAGUAUUUUGUGGAUGGCACCAGAAGUGAUACGCAUGCAAGAACAAAACCCAUACUCUUUUCAAUCUGACGUGUACGCUUUUGGAAUAGUUGUGUAUGAACUCUUAGCAGAAUGCUUACCAUAUAGCCACAUAAAUAAUAAAGAUCAGAUUCUGUUUAUGGUGGGACGCGGACUCCUUCGACCUGAUAUGACUAAAGUACGUUCGGACGCUCCACAAGCAUUAAAACGCCUGGCUGAAGAUUGCAUCAAAUUUGAUCGAAAUGAUCGUCCUCUAUUUCGGCCACUACUAAAUAUGCUUGAAAAUAUGUUAAGAGCAAUGCCGAAAAUUCAUCGCAGUGCCAGUGAACCAAAUAUGACGCAAACGCAGUUGCAUAGUGAAGACUUCUAUCAAUGUCCCAGCCCCAAAACACCGGUUAAUUUCAGUAAUUUCCAAUUCUAUAAUAGUGCUGGCAAUAUCUAGCGCUGCUGAUCCGACGCUACAAUUGUGAUAACCCUAAUGCGGAACAGACGACGUCGUUUGUGAAUAG